AUGGGAUGUGUCACAUGCAAUAGGGUUACAGGCCAUGUAAACGGGCUCGACCUUAGUUGCAGUGGCCUCUAUGGCACCAUUGAUUCCAACAGCAGCCUCUUCCUCUUGCCUCAUCUACGAAGGCUCAACCUUGCUUUUAAUGAUUUCAAUAAGUCCUCUAUUUCAGCAAAGUUUGGACAAUUCCGGAGAAUGACUCAUCUCAACCUUUCUUUCUCUGGAUUUUCAGGUGUAAUUGCUCCAGAAAUCUCCCACCUAUCCAACUUGGUUUCGCUUGAUCUCUCCAUCUAUAGUGGAUUAGGACUUGAAACAAGUAGCUUCAUUGCACUUACUCAAAACCUAACGAAGUUGCAGAAACUUCAUCUCCGAGGUAUAAAUGUCUCUUCCAUUAUACCUAGCUCCCUACUGAAUUUAUCUUCUUUGAAAUCUAUGGAUCUCUCUUUCUGUCAACUGCAUGGGAGAUUCCCUGAUGAUGAUCUUCAGCUGCCCAACCUUAAGGCUCUCAAGUUAAAGGGUAACUAUGAUCUCAGUGGGAAUUUCCCAAAGUUCAAUAAGAGUAAUUCCAUUCUGUUGUUGGAUCUUUCUUCUACAAAUUUCAGUGGGAAGCUUCCUAGUUCAAUAGGCAGUCUAAAGUCUUUAGAAAGUUUGGAUCUCUCUCACUGCAAUUUCUCAGGGUCCAUUCCCUCGGUGUUAGGGAACCUCACACAAUCACUCACUUGGACCUCUCAAGCAAUCAAUUUGAUGCUUUCUUCAUAUAACUUGGGUGGCAUUGUGGAGACAGACAUGUUCAUGAAUCUUGAAAAUCUUGUCUAUCUCGACCUUUCGUAUAACAUUCUGACAUUGAGCAACUACAGCCAUUCCAACUGUGCGCUACCAUCCUUGGAAACAUUGUUGUUGUCCUCUUGCAACAUAAGUGAAUUCCCAAGAUUUUUAUGCAGUCAAGAGUUAUUGGCGUUUUUAGACCUUUCAAACAACAAGAUUUAUGGACAACUUCCGAAAUGGGCAUGGAAUGUGGGUACGGAGACAUUGUCUUACUUAAAUCUUUCUCAAAACAUGCUAACCAGGUUUGAGAGAUUUCCAUGGAGGAUUAUGCAAUAUCUUGACCUUCAUUCCAACUUGCUUCAAGGGCCACUUCCAUCAUUGAUUUGUGAAAUGAGUUAUAUUGAAGUUCUAGAUUUCUCUAAAAACAACUUGAGUGGCUUAAUUCCACAAUGUUUGGGAAACUUCAGUAAGUCUCUCUCAGUUUUGGAUUUGCGAAGGAAUCAACUUCAUGGUACCAUUCCUGAAACGUUUUCAAAGGGCAAUCUUAUCAGGAAUCUUGACUUCAAUGGAAAUCAAUUGGAAGGGCCUCUACCACGAUCUUUGAUCAAUUGUAGAAGGUUGCAAGUUUUAGACCUUGGAAAUAACAGAAUAAACGAUACAUUCCCCCAUUGGUUGGAAACUCUUCCAGAGUUACAAGUUUUGAUCUUGCGUUCGAAUAGGUUCCAUGGUCACGUAAGGGGUUCAAAUUUCCAAUUUCCAUUUCCCAAGUUACGAAUAAUGGAUCUCUCACGCAAUGGUUUCUCUAGCAGUUUACCGGAAAUGUAUUUGAAGAAUUUCAAGGCAAUGAUGAAUGUGACUGAGGAUAAAAUGGAAUUGAAAUAUAUGGGGGAAUACUCUUAUCGAGAUUCGAUCAUUGUAACAAUCAAGGGGUUUGAUUUUGAACUUGUAAGAAUCUUGUUUACCUUCACAAUAAUUGAUUUGUCAAGCAAUAGAUUCCAAGGAGACAUUCCAGAUUUCAUUGGUAGUCUUAGUUCACUUCGAGAACUCAACUUGUCUCAUAACAACAUUACAGGGCAUAUUCCACCAUCUUUGGGGAAUCUAAUGGUCCUUGAAUCAUUAGAUCUCUCUUCAAACAAUCUCAAUGGGAGAAUUCCAAGGGAGUUGACAAGUUUGACAUUUCUUGCGAUCCUAAAUCUUUCGAAAAAUCAUCUCACUGGAGUCAUUCCUCAAGGCAACCAAUUUGAUACAUUUUCAAAUAAUUCAUAUAAUGGGAAUAUAGGGUUAUGUGGAUUUCCCUUGUCUAAGAAAUGUGUAGUUGAUAAAGCACCACAACCUCCCAAAGAAGAGGAGGUGGAAUCCGAUACUGGAUUUGAUUGGAAAGUCAUAUUGAUGGGGUAUGGCUGUGGACUAGUAGUUGGAUUGUUGUUUAUGGGGUGCCUCGUCUUCUUAACAAGAAAGCCUAAAUGGUUUGUAAGAAUGAUUGAAGGAGAUAGACACAAGAAGGUUAGAAGGUCAACAAAGAGCACUCGCAGGCAUGGAGCAAGAAGAAGUUAG